AAAUUACGUUCACAGAUUUCAUUGAAAAAGACCUUGCAUCAUUCUUCAUGGCUAAUAUGAAACGGUCAGUACCCUCAAUGCUUGAUGGUCUCAAACCCGGACAGAGAAAGAUACUUCAUUGCUUGCUUAAGAGGAGUUCCAACGAGGACAUCAAGGUCUCCCAAGUCUCUGCUCUUGUAUUGACGCACUGUGAUUAUUAUCACAGUGAAAAAGCCCUCAACAAUACAAUCAUCAAGAUGGCGCAGCAUCAUGUUGGUAGUAACAACUUGCCAUUGCUUCAAUCUCUUGGUCAAUUUGGUACACGGAUUGCGGGUGGACAAGAUGCUGCAGAUCCAAGAUACCUUCGCACUAAGCUUUCUCCAGAAACAAGGAUAUUGUUUCCCAAGGAGGACGAUAAGUAUGCUGAUGCACUCACUGGCAGCUUGAACGUUGAAGAUAGGAAGAAUACAGAGCCCACGCCGUAUUAUCCCAUUGUUCCUAUGGUACUAGUUAAUGGAUGCAGAGGGAUUGCAAGUG